CCUUGUUAUGUACUAACCUCCAAAGAAAACCCUUUUUCCAAGCUUCGCGAUCAACUCCCACAGCGAAGGCUCCAAAUCUCCUCUGCGAUUCGGAAACCCUCUAAUGGCGGACGAAAGAGACGAUGCUAGAGAGACCAGAGCUUCUUUGCCUCUAUCCAUACCCUCUGGUGAUCAGACUGUGUGGGCCGAUGCUUCUCCUCUUAUCGCCGCUGCGUGCAACGAUCUUCAGGAUGGGGAACUUGUUCAUGGGGAAAACUUCAGUCUCUUUGCUGCUAUGUCUGCUUUGGAGAUCAUGGAUCCAAAGAUGGAUGCUGGAAUUGAGAGUAAUGGAUACAGGUCUGUGGAUGAGGCAAUAGAGAAUGGUACUGCUCCUCUUCCUCUAAGUUCUGAUAGCACUGUUGAUGUGCAAUGUGUUAUUGAUAUCAUGGACCAUCUUUUGGCAUGUGAGGCAACAUGGCACAAGGGUCAUUCUCUGGCACAGACUGUCUUUUCCUGCAUUUAUCUUCUGAAGAUAGAAAGGACAUCUGCACAUGUAUUGUUACAUUCCUAUUGCAGGAUCAUCCGUGCUACCUGCAAUGCUGUCAUUUCCACAGUCUCUGAUGCGCGAACGCAUGAGGAAGAGGAUUUAUUCACAAUGGCUUAUGGUUUGCCUCUAAAAGGGGAGGGUGAUGAUAAAUGCCUAUCCAUUCUAAAUUCAGUUGAAGAAACCAUUUCUCGUCAAUUGCGGGCUUGUAAAGCACUUAAUUAUAAGAAGAAAGUCUUAGAAGAUAUUGAUCCCCUUCAAGCAAAUCCUGAUUUGGAAGAUGGGUACUGCAGAGCUUUAUUAUGCCGCAUACGCUUUCGUAAGCACUUCUAUCAUGUUCUCAUGUGCAUGAGGAAAUCUCAAGGAAGGGGCCUUGAGUUGGCUAGAAAACAUAUUGCCUUAUGCCUUUCCGAGCUAUCUUCCAUUGCGAAGUCCCAGGAAUUCCUCAGGUCCAAUGUGUGUGUGUCUCAUCAGGAUGAUGUUGAAGAAGGUACUACUGCUUCAGGUUGCCAACCUGUUGGAUUUGAUGCUAGCUUAAAUAGCAGAUAUUCAGCUCCAACUCCACCACGUGCAAUUCAAAUUCUUAGUUGGAAGAGGGCAAUUGAGUAUUUUGAGAAGCUUCUACAUGAUUUAGAUAUCAUAUGUUCCUUUUCUUUGGAACCGAUGCUAGAAGAUGUGCUGCACUUUGUGGUACAAUUUCAAGAGUCUCAACCAGAUCUAGUUGCAAGAGCUCAUUUGCAGCUUUUAUUGGUUCAAGAUGGGAAACUUUAUGGGCGGGACUUUUUUUAUGAUGUGAUUUCAAAGGCUAUUGCUUUACCAUCAUUUGCAAGAGACCCAGAAUUUCAGAAAAAUGAAUUUGUGGUUCAGCUAAUUCAGUUGGUUGUCAACUUGCUUAAAAUUCUUUGUACAAAUGCUGCAUGGCAGCGGCGAAAGCUUGGGAAAAUUUUGCAAGAUUGGAGUCUUUUUUCUAUACAGUUGGAACUGGCUCUGAAAAGAGAGUUUGGGGAUAUGUUAAAAGCAUUGGUUGAUGAGAAUGUUUGCCUGAAAGUAUCCAAGCAUCUCUUAACCUGGGCAGAGGAGCAAACAUAUUGGAUUGCUGCUCGGUUUCUUAUGUUGGGAUUCAAGUUGGAACUUUAUUCACCUAACGAGUACUGUAUGGUUUACUGGUAUCUGUAUAUAAUUCUGAUGAGGCUUUUGGAUAAGAUGCAAGUGAGGUUAUCCAACAGAGGAGAUUCUCGAAAAAAAGGUAAAAAGAAACGAGAUGUUUCCAAGGAUUUGACAAGAGACAUGAUAGUUUCUUCACCUUCGUGUUUGUUACUUAAGUGCUAUUUAAGUCUUUCGGAAGGACUUGCUAUGAUGUUGGCUGCCCUGCAUAAUGAAAGCAAGGUCUUUGAGAUGCCUAAUGUUUUCAACAAUGAACAAGAGAGAUUUAUUCAGCACUUUGAGCUCUUACAGAAAGCUCAUGUUCCGGAUCAAAUAUCUUACUUCCUCUUCAAGGAAUCAACAAAGCAUGCACUUAUACCUAUCAUCAUUAAGCAUAACUACUUCAGAGAAGCUCAGAGGGUUUCCACUUCUCUCAAGGGUAGUUUCUCAAGUGAUCCACAGAGAAUGCAAGAGCUGCGGCAAAUAGAACAGGUCGCCGAGCACAACAAGAUAGCCUUAAAUGUCAUUAACAAAGUCGGCACCCGGGAUCCAUCCCUCAUUGUUUCAUUUGAGUUCACCCAUCACCCUGUCUUUGCGGUUGCCGUGGUCAAAAGGUCAUAGUCUUAACCUCAUCAUGCAACCGAUUUUUUUCCGUACUCAAGGAAAAUUUGCAAUGCUGCAGUAUUUGCAUCAGUUGUAACAUUAUCAGUCUCUCAAGAUUUUAUAUGAUUGCAAUUUUGUAGGGUCUUAGUUUAGCUCAUACUCAACCAUUCAUUACAACAGAUACAUAUUCGACCUUUUACCAGAGUCAUUUGUCUUCCGACUUGUAUUAUUAUUAUUAUUAUUAUCAUUAAUUGUUGUCGAGA